AUUAUUAAAUAAGAACUCCUUUACCACUUGUAGAGAGAGUUAUACUAUAAAGUAUAAACCCACUGCGCGCACCAUUCUCCACUGUCCAAGGAGAUCAAGCACCAAACCCAACACACACCUCUCUCUCUCUCUCUCUCUCUCUUGUGCUGUUGUUCUAUUUCUCAUUCUUUCGCAAGUGAAUGUUGAACUGACUCUGCGGUUCGGUUCGGUUUUUUUUUUCUGUUUAUGGAUCCGGGCGCGAUGAUGAACGAGGGUUCCUUCGCGAACAAUGCGAGCGGUAAUACGGCGCCGUUUAGCUUGGCGGAGAUCUGGCAGCAGUUCCCGCCGGCGAUUAGUGGCGGCGGUGGAUUGGGGCUCAGAAGCCCGCAGUUCGGUCACGGGCCAGGAGGGCAGUUUGGGGAUUUCACCACCGGGCCGAGCCACGGACUCGGACCCAGUAACAGCAGAAAGCGGCGCGACUCCGAGGAGGACGAUUCCGCUAAGGGCGUGUCCACCAGCAAUGCCGUGAAUGAGGGUGAUGGAAAACGUGUUAAAGGGAAUAGGAACGAGGGUGGUGGUGAUGGUGGUAAUAAUAAAGGUGAAGGUGAAGUCAGUUCAGGAAAGCCUGCGGAGCAAAGCGCUAAGCCAGCUUCGGAGCCUCCGAAGCAAGACUACAUUCACGUUCGAGCCAGAAGGGGUCAAGCCACUGAUAGUCACAGUCUUGCAGAACGAGCUCGAAGGGAAAAGAUUAGUGAAAGGAUGAAAAUUCUUCAGGAUUUGGUCCCUGGUUGUAAUAAGGUUAUUGGGAAAGCAUUGGUCCUUGAUGAGAUAAUUAAUUAUAUUCAAUCUCUUCAGCGCCAAGUUGAGUUUUUGUCAAUGAAGCUUGAAGCAGUGAAUUCAAGACUUAACUCUGGUAUUGAAGCGUUUCCUCCUAAAGAUUUUGGUCAGCAAGCAUUUGAUCCUGCUGGCAUACCAUUCGGUUCGCAAGCUCCAAGAGAGUAUAGCAGAGGUUCUUCACCAGACUGGUUACAUAUGCAGAUAGGAGGUAGUUUUGAAAGAACAACGUAGUCUACGAGAUCCCUUGGUAAUAAAUACAUAAACCAGUGGUAUUCCAUUACUCAGGGAAGCAAGUACAAUGGGCACCUCAUUCCCAUUUUCUACACUAGGCAUGGAGCUGUCACUGUUUUUCACAGGACUGCUUCAGUUUCUAUUUAAGCAUCUCCAUAUGUUGGUGUGUUGGAAAAUGAAUUCAUUUACUCAAUAUAUGUAGUAUAGUGGACUUUUAGGCUUUGUAUUCUGCUACUCAACAUAACCCUUAAAAUGAUCAUUCUUCUUGUAAAAGAAUGCUGCUUCAUCUUAAUACAUGAUGCUUACAGAUUGUGUAAUACUCUCAAUAUUGGGGUUUGUGAAGCAAUGUUGAAUAAAUUAACCUCAUAGUACUGUACAA